AGGCUCACCGAACGCCAGUCGACCAUUGGUAGCGCCUGUUGCGGCGGUUGCGGCGGUUGCGGCGAAAUCGAGGAAGCGAUACAUGUAUACCAGUUUAUCGUGUCGAUUUAUGGACUGCCUUCUACUUACACGUGCUACUGUUCUUGCGACUCUAAAUACUGUCGGUAGCGCCUUCUUUCCUGAACCCGAGCCGCCUCGGGAGUGCUUGUCACCCGGGAUGAUCCGAUCUUAUGCGGUUGCGAUCGCGUCGCUGCUAGCGGGAGCAUCCGUCGUUCACAGCAUUUACAAACCAGACCUGACCAUUCCUGGAGUUGACAGUGGCAGGGACCGAGAGGAGAGGGAGACUGGGGAGGAGGGGGGAGAGGAGAGGGGUCAGGGAAGUGCCAAGGAGAGCACGCAGACACCAGUUCAGCAAGAAAAAAGAGAAUCAACAGCAUAAUGCUUUUAUGCUGGCACGGUCUUUGAUUUCUGUGAGUUAGGGCAUGGUUGCAUUUGCAGCAAACUUGUUCACUCUUAACUAGUCCCCAAGCUGGUGUUUGUCUAGGAAUUUGCGCCAGCAAUUAGUCAGAAUGGCCA